ACUACUUGAUAAAAUGAUUUCUUGUCACGCUGUUGAAGAUCCUAUUAAAAAGGUUGCUAUCUUUGGAGGAACUCAUGGGAAUGAACUAACAGGAGUAUUCUUAGUUAAGCACUGGCUGGAGAACGGCACUGAGAUUCAGAGAACAGGGCUGGAAGUAAAACCAUUUAUUACCAACCCAAGAGCAGUGAAGGAGUGCACCAGAUAUAUUGACUGUGACCUGAAUCGAGUUUUUGGACCUGAAAAUCUUGGCAUAAAAAUGUCAGAGGAUUUGCCAUAUGAAGUGAGAAGGGCUCAAGAAAUAAAUCAUUUAUUUGGUCCAAAAGAUAGUGAAGAUUCCUAUGACAUUAUUUUUGACCUUCACAACACUACUUCUAAUAUGGGGUGCACUCUUAUUCUUGAAGAUUCCAGGAAUGACUUUUUAAUUCAGAUGUUUCAUUAUAUUAAGACUUCUUUGGCUCCAUUACCCUGCUAUGUUUACCUUAUUGAGCAUCCUUCCCUCAGAUAUGCAACCACUCGUUCUAUAGCCAAGUAUCCUGUUGGUAUAGAAGUUGGUCCCCAACCUCAAGGGGUUCUGAGAGCUGACAUUCUGGAUCAAAUGAGAAAAAUGAUUAAACAUGCUCUUGAUUUUAUACAUAAUUUCAAUGAAGGAAAAGAAUUUCCUCCCUGUGCUAUUGAAGUCUAUAAAAUAAUGGAGAAAGUUGAUUAUCCCAGGAAUGAAAGUGGAGAAAUUGCUGCUAUUAUCCACCCUAAACUGCAGGAUCAAGACUGGAAACCAUUGCACCCUGGGGAUCCUGUGUUUUUAACUCUUGAUGGAAAGACUAUUCCAUUGGGCGGAGACCAUACCGUGUACCCAGUGUUUGUAAACGAGGCUGCAUAUUAUGAAAAGAAAGAAGCUUUCGCAAAGACAGCUAAACUAACACUCAAUGCGAAAAGUAUUCGCUCCUCUUUACAUUAG